AUGGCCGCCGCCGCCAAAUUGAAGUUCAUCCUAGUCAACAUCCUAGUGGUGUACACUUUGUAUCUCUUUAAUUACAAAUGCGUUAAUAACGAUUCUUUCGUGGAACGGUCGAAACAGGCCUUGUUGCACCCAUUUUCGCAGCAAAACGACCAAUUGUGUCUGACAGUCAACUAUGGCCGCAAUUUGGUCGAGCCUUACGUCAUCAAGGUCCACAGUCUUUUCGAUCAGCAUGUAGUGUCUCACAAGAGAUUCAGAAAGUACCAGCUCAAGGCUAAGAUCAACACCUUGGAGGCUUACCGCGCCAAGUAUAUCUUCCCUGUUCAGGUGAAGAUCUGGGAGGCCGUGGAGCUUUUUGAGUACCAUGUCCAGAUGCAAUUGGCUCGCAUUUACAAUUUCUUAGCCCGCAAGCUCCACAAGGAAGUGAUCCCAUUGGCUAAGGAGUACAAGAAAACCUUGGACAACCAAUACGUUACUGCUAAGAAGGAGGCUGGUAAAUCUUACGAGUCUGUGAAGAAACAGGCUGGCAAGUCUUACGAGUCUGCUAAGAAGGAGGCCGGUAAGUCUUACGAGUCUGCCAAAAAGCAAGCUGGAAAAUCCUACGAGUCUGCUCAGAAGGCCGCCGGCAAGUCUUACGAGCUGGUAAAGACUCAGGUAGGUAAACUGGUGGACGCCGCUGCUAAAGAAGCCGGGAAGCAAUACGAGGCUGCUAUGAAACAGGCUGGCGUUCAGUAUGAACACGCCAAGGAAGUCGCCGGCGAGUAUGCCGAUGCUGCCGCCAAACAAGCGGCCCUGCAAUACGAGAACGCCAAGGAGAUGGCUGGCGAGUACACCGACGCUGCUGCCAAAGAGGCUGCUAAGCAGUACGAGAACGCCAAAAAGCACGCCGGCAAACAAUACGAGAACGUGAAGGAGAUGGCCGGUGAACAGUACGAAAACUUGAAAGAGAUGGCUGGCGAUCUGUACGAGGACUUGAAGGGUGAAGCUCUCAAGACCUUUGAGCAACUCAAGGCCAAGGCUUCUAAGCAAUACGAUGUAGCCGUGGCUGAGGCAAACAAGCACUACGAGGCUGCUCAGACUGCCGCUGACAAGCAAUUGAAGAAGUCCGAGAAGGAAGCAGAGAAGCAAUACAAGGCUGCAAAGGUGCAAGCAGAGAAGCAGUUGAAGGUUGCUCAAAAGGAGGCUGAAAAAUAUUAUAAUGAUAUUAAAAAGCAGGCUGGCAGUGGCUACGAUGAUGCUAAGGACGUCGCAGGCGAGACUUACGAAUCUUUGAAGGAUCAAGCCAAUAAGCAAUUUGAAAUUGCUACCAAGGAGGCCGAUUCCCAGUAUGAAGCUGCCAAGUCUCACGCAUCUUCUGCUUACGAAACCAGCAAGAAGCUGGCUCUUGACACCUUUGAUUACGUGAAAGCACAGGCAAACAAGCAAUUUGAGAACGCCAAAAAGCAAAUCAGAGCCAACCUCAAGUAG